AUGCCUAUAUUAAUUGACGAAAGUGACAAUCAUUCCAGCCUACAGUCUCAGCCACCUGCCAAUCCCUUGCCAUCUUCCCCCGACAUCAUCAACUUUGACUGGGGUCUACUCGACAACCCCUCACAUGUUGUUCUUGAUCUGCCACCUGAGCAGGAAGCAUCAACAAUGGUAUUGAAACAGCCAGUCAUGGACGCAAACGUGCUCGUACUGCAGACCAUACAGCAACCUCACGGCGGUGGUUCCCUUGGCAAGACAAGGUUAUGUACCCUGGAUAUAUUAAUGCAUUUACCCCGCUCAGUUUUCUCGCAGAAACAACUUGAUCUGUUUCUCUGGCUGCUCAAAGUCAAUGAUGUGGAUGAUUUCCCAUCAGUCAAGGCCAUGCAAAGUCUUAAUUCCGCUUUGCAGAAGUGCUGUGGCAUUGGGACUAUUGCUUACAAAGGAGCGCUGGGGCAUCAUUACCAUGAGAUGUCAAACCCCAAGGGUUUGCGCUGGCUGCGUGAAGUUCCAGAUGAGCAGCUCACACCUAUGGCACGGCUCAACAGCCACAAUUAUUACAUACACAAACCUGCAAUGCUCUCGGAUGGCUGUAAUGACCAUCCAAUAAUGUUUGCCCGGUGCUGGGCCAUGGAACCUGUAGACACAGACCACCAGCGUAGUUGGAAGGUCAUCAAAUCCAUUGUAGACUCCAAGACAUCCUCAACUUCCAAGUGGGCAUUUACAGAUCUCAAUGUUGGGAAUCAAUGGCGUGCACUGUUGAAAGGGCACAAAGUGCUCAGUUUUCCAAUAUGGAUGUACUGUGAUGACACGUCCGGUCUUCCACAAUCCGAGGCCCAACAAGAAUACAAUGACUGCAUGGAAAACUUUUUUGUCGUGCAUGCUGGGUCAAAGGAAUUGAUGCUGGUACCAACAUCCUUGAGUCAGCAGGCCAGCGUGUCCACCAAGAAAGCAAUGGAGCCAAAAGUUGGUAAACCUCAAAAAAAGCAAGAAACAAUCACUCAGUUGCAUGCCCAAUUUGUUCAAGCAUCCCAGCUUGAUUCAAAGACAAAAGUUGACAAGAUGCGCACAGAAUCUGGUAUCAAAGACACCUUUCAGAAGUAUUUUAUAGAUAAGGUUGUUGGUUCAUACCAGCGUUUGAGAGGCCUUGACCCACAUCAAGACACGCCUGUCAAAAUACUACAUGUUGUGUUACUCGGCUUUGUUAAAUACUUGUGGCGAGACUUAAUACAGCUUCAGCUUAAGGGUAAACUAGACAAGCUCAACCUCCUUGCCACCAGACUGUUAUCUCUUAAUGUCAAUGGCCUUGGCAUCUCACCACUUGCUGGAAAAACGUUGGGACAGUAUUCUGGUUCACUUACAGGGCGGGAUUUUUGUGCCAUAGUUCAGGUGGCCCCAUUUGUCAUCUAUGACCUUGUCUCCAAGGAGUGUAUGGAUACAUGGGUUGCAUUAUCCAAGUUGAUUCCAUUGAUUUAUCAGCCAGAAAUACAUGACAUCAAUGCACACUUGGUCAGUGGCAGCUUGUUUAAUAUAAAGUUCUACUCAUGA